AUGACACCCAUUUUUGCGCUUUUACUUUUUGGACAUACGGUAACGUGCGUACCGUUCUUCAGUUUUGCUUCUCAUUCGCAGAGUUAUUCGAGCAGUAAGUUAUGUUAUAUUGACUUUGUAUUACUGUAGUUAAACUUUUUUUAUUCUAUUUUUAGAAUUUUUUUAUGUUUCACAACUUAUAAUAUGUUAGCGGUAAUACAAGACAUGAAGCAUAGGCUUAGUGAGCUUAAACUUAGUGGACUCGGGCCAAAUAAACUUAGGCUUGGUAAGCUUAGACUUAGUAGACUUAGGCUUAGUCAGCUUAUGCUUGGUAGGCUUACGCUUAGCAGCAUUAGAUCAUCUAGCAAGCUUAGGCUCAGUAGGCUUAGGCUUAGUAGGCUUAAGCUUAAUAGGCUUAGGCUUAGUAGGCUCAGGCAUAGUACGCUUAGGCUGAGAAGACGUACGAUUACUAAGCAUUUCCACUAAGCUUAGCCCUACUUACAAGCUUAGGCUUAGUCUCCUUAGCCUUUAUUGAAAAAAUGUAAGCUUAAGCUCGGUCAAUUUUUUUGAAAAAACCAGCAUUUAAAACCCAAUAACAACACCACAUUCCAGACAUUCCCACAGUAGACAUUCAAUACAAGUAUGAAGACAAAGACUAUACGAUACCGUCGAUAAUCGACCUAAACACAGAAGUGUCACUAGUUUUUAGUCAAAAAUGUAAAGGCAAAAACAAAUGUACUGCUGAGGAGUUAACAACUGUUGAAGUGUAAGUUUUUUUUUACAAUUUUUUUACAAUUAAAAAUAUCGACUAGGGCACAUUUCAUCGCAUAAAAUGGGGCGCGCGGGGUGCAAGGCUAAUUUCUUUAAUAGAAAAUCUAUUUUAAGCACUUUUGUAGAUAUAAUGUGAUAGAGUAUAAAGCUGUUCAAACAAAAAAAUAUUGUACAAGUUUUUUUUUAAAAUUUCAAAUUUCAGUGGAAUUCCAGAUGGUGAAAAGUACAAUGACAGCAGUUAUGACCCAGCCAAUGAAUUUCUGGGCUAUUUCUAUGACUUUCAAGUAAAGUUAAGUACUAGUAAACAUAAAAAUUGGUUUUAUUCGGCUAAUUUGGCUAUUUGUUAGAAAAGCGACAAAAUGUCACAAAUUUUAUUGAUUUUUAGAAAAUUUUUUAAAAUUAGUUUUAAUCAUUAAUUAUCACUUAAAGAUUGCAAAAUUUCAGUUUUAAACCAUUUUUAGGCCUAUAGUUUUAAUUUUAAGCCUAAAUAGAACAGUUAUCUGUAGCUAAGUUUAAGGUAUACAAAGUCAAUUUUAAGCCUAAAUUUGCAAAAAAAUCAAUUUUUAAGUCUAAAAUAUAGAUUUUAAGCCUAAUAAAGCCAGUAAUCUAUAGCUAAACCUAUAAUAUCUAAGCCUAAAAUAUUUAAGCCUAAAACCAACAUCAGCAAUUUUUAGGUCUAAACCCCUAGAAAAUAAAUUUUUAACCCUAACCUUUUCAUCCACAGUCGGUUUUAGAGCCUAACGCUUUACCUUACUAAUCUUUCCAAACGAAACCCAAAAAUUUUUAGUUAGGAGACCUAACUCAACAACACAAGAUCCUAACAAUCACUGAAGGCAAAGGAGAACAAGAAUACGAAGCGAGCGGUCGAUUAGGUUUGGGCUUUGGAGACGCUGAUUACAAAAUUGUAGACAAACUAUUUGAUGGUAUGGAUGACCACAAAACUAUCUACAUCUACGAAGGAGAAUAUAAACAUAGAGUUCAGGAUAACGUCAGUUUUUUAAAAUUAAAAUUUUUUUUUCAAAAUUAAAAUAUUUUUUUUGAAAAUUAAUAUUAAAAAAUUUCAAAAAAAAAUUUUUAGCGUGACUUUUUAAAAAUGCCAUUUCAGGACGGCCGAAUAGCCCCGGUAAAGCAAAGCGGAGAAGUCUCGUUUGGCAAAGAAAUCGACUCUUGCAAAGACCUAAAAUACGUUCAAGCUCUGGAACAUGAUGGAAAGCCAUGGUGGCAAGUUGAAGCUGAGUAAGUUCGAUUUUCCAGAAAAAGAUCAAAAUCAAGUGCCCAGAACUAAAAUACAAUAUAUUUAACGAAUUUACAAGGAAAAUACCAUACCUGCUCCGCUCAAAAUCAGCCCAAAAUUUUUAUAUGAAUUCUUUGUAACACCAAUAGCACCCAAAAAUUUUAUCUUGCGCUUUUGAGUUUUAAAUUUUAAAUAUUUGAGUUUCCCGCUAAUUUGGCAAAUUUGGCAUUGUGUUUCAAGCACUUUUUUCGACUUUCCAGGCAAACUGCGCUUACAAAUUUAAAAUGUAGGUUCAUUUAAAGAUGUUCUACUAGUAUAUGAAAGAAAAAUUCCGAAAAGUCAAAAAAUGAUUAAGUUAUUAGCUUGAAACACAAUGCCAACUUGGCGGGAAAUUCAAAACGUAAUCUUUUGAUCUCGAUUUUCUCGUGAUCUCCUGGAAAGCGCGAUUUAGUACUUCGCUGAAGAUCUUAUAUUUACAUGAUCUUCCUGUAUAAAAAGUUUGAAGUCAACCAGAGCGGGGCAGGUCGGGCACUUUCCAAAAUACGAUAGAAAGAAUAAAUUUAGAUAAGUCUUCCUCAUCUAAAACAAUUUUUUUCAGUAUUACAAUUGGCAACCUAACCUUCGAAAAGCAAAAAGUAGCUUUCAACCCCUCACGCCGAACCUUUGUCAACUCAAAGACCUUCGAUACCUAUUUCAAAACGGCAGACGUCGACUCUCUAGCUGAUCUACCCAAAUUCACGAUUAAAAUUGGUAAUAAUGAGUACGUGAUGGAAGCGAAAGACUAUGCAGAAGAGCGCAAAAAAGAUGACAAAACUUAUUAUUCGGCAUUUAUCGGCAAAGUAGCGACCAAUGACUAUGAUUUUGUGUUUGGCUACGAAUUUUUACAAAAGAAAUGUUUGGCAUUGAGGAGGAACAACAACAAGUAUGAAGUUGGAUUGAGUCCUAGCGCUGGAAAUAAUGUCAAAAUUGGCAGUUUUGUUUUAAUUUUAAGCGUUUUGGUCGGAUUAAAGUUUUUCUAA